CAACAAUUACAUGACAUUCUGUAAAACUGGUUUUGGCAGGAAAAUUGCUUGAAUAUUUAUGCAUAGAGCUUUACACCAUAAUAGAUCAAUUUCUUAGGGCUCCGCCAUGGCCACGCAAGCAGGAUUUGGACUAUCAAGGAUCGUUCUAAUUGCCGGAGCUGGUUACACAGGAACUAUAUUGUUAAAGAAUGGGAAACUGUCAGAUGUAUUGGCUGAGUUGCAGAAUUUGGUUAAAGGCAUGGAGAAAUCAGGCGAGUCAGAGGGGGAGUCAGAUUAUUCUGAUGCCAUUGCUAGCCAGGUCCGUCGAUUAGCAAUGGAGGUUCGCCAGCUGGCCUCAUCUAGGCAAAUUACUGUUCUAAAUGGGAACUCUACACAGAGUAACUUAACAUCUCUAAUUGUUCCGGCUGCUGCUGUUGGAGCUUUGGGUUAUGGGUACAUGUGGUGGAAGGGUUAUUCCUUCUCGGACCUGAUGUAUGUAUCAAAGCAGAAUAUGGCAAAUGCUGUUUCAAACUUGACAAAACACUUGGAUCACGUGUCUGAUGCUCUUGCUGCAGCAAAAAGGCACUUGACUCAGAGAAUUGAGAACUUGGACGGAAAAAUUGAUGAGCAAAUAGAGAUUUCUAAAUUAAUUAGGAAUGAGGUUUCUGAUGCGCAAGCUGAUCUAUCUCAAAUUGGCUUUGAUUUGAAUGAUUUGCAUCAGAUUGUUUCUGGUUUGGAUGGUAAACUACAUUCACUAGAAGACAAGCAGGAGUUUGCAAAUGCUGGGGUAAUGUACCUGUGUAGCAUUAUUAAUGGGAAAAGGAUGGCCAUGCCAGAAAGGAUUCAGGAUCAAUUGAAACAUCCUGGAAAUCCAAUGCAAAAUCUCAUGGGUCUUAGAGCUAUAGUAGAUUCUCCCAACAGUAAUUUAUUGACAGAUGGGAGUGUGCAUGAUAAUAAGCUCAGUAAACCCAUAACGAGGACUUUUUCAAACAAGAGCUGACUGCUAGCUUUGUAGAGGUAUGCUACUUCUUCAAGCGGCUAUAGAGUUAAUUGUGGUUUCUGCGCAACAUAAUCUUCUCGAUUAUCACAUGUAACAUAAAUUGAUACCAACCUAUACAUUUAUUUUAUUCCGAAAGUAUUAUUAUUAUUUAGCUUUA